AUGAGAGACAAAGGAUUUUCAGCACUUGGGCCGAUAUUCACCUUUGCUUCCUUUAUUGUAACACUGCACCUCGUUAAUGGGGAUUUGAGUUAUUCUUUUCCUGAAGAGCUGAAACGCGAGUCCGUUAUUGGAAAUAUAGCGAAGGAUCUCAGUCUUGACCGUGGAAGUUUUUCUUCACGACAGGCCCGUGUUGAUUUUGAGGGAUUUCGUAAAAUGUAUUGCGACAUUAACACGAGUACCGGAGAUUUUAUUGCAAUGGACAGAAUUGAUAGAGAGAAGCUUUGUGGCAAGAAACCUUCUUGUGUGUUAAAAGCUGAUCUAGUGUUGGAAAAUCCUUUGGAGCUUCAUUGUGUAAGUCUUCAUAUUCAAGAUAUAAAUGACAAUUCUCCACAAUUCAAACAUCAUUUAAUUGAAAUGGAAAUAAGGGAGUUAGCAGAAAAGGGAAGCCGAUUUUCAAUAGAGGAGGCCCAUGAUGCAGAUAUAGGUCAAAAUGCUGUUCAAAGGUACAUCAUUCAAAAGAACAACCAUUUCAUUUUGUCAGUUGACGACAACAAAGCCGACCUUGUACUGGAAAAUAAACUUGAUCGAGAAAAGCACAAAGAGAUUAAUUUGUUUCUCACAGCCUUGGAUGGUGGAUCUCCUCAGAGAUCAGGAACCGUAGUCAUACACGUCACUGUACUGGAUGCUAAUGAUAACGCCCCAGUGUUUAGCCAGACUGUUUAUGAAGCCAGUCUGCCUGAAAACUCUCCGCCAGAUACAAUAGUGAUUAAAGUCAGUGCCACAGACGCAGAUGAAGGACUGAAUGGAGAUGUAACAUAUGACUUCGGCCAUAUAUCUGAUAACGACGUUAAUGUUUUCUCUAUUAAUCCUAAAACGGGCGAAAUUCAAGUGUCUGGAUUGAUUGACUUUGAAGAAAGAAGUUCUUUUGAAAUUAAAGUGCAAGCUAAAGAUGGUUUAGGACUAAUGUCUUAUGCCAAAAUGUUAAUAGACGUUACGGAUAAGACUGACAAUGCACCAGUUAUAUAUCUUAAAUCACUGUCUAAUCCAGCACCUGAGAACGUGUCACCUCGUACAGAAGUUGGCAUCAUUAAUGUGCAGGACAGAGACUCCGAAACUAACGGGCUGGUCCGCUGCUCCAUCCAGCAAGGUGUCCCCUUUAAAUUGGUUCCCUCAAUUAAAAACUAUUAUUCUCUGGUGACUACAAGACAACUGGACCGUGAAAUAGUGUCUGAUUACAACAUUACAAUCACAGUCACUGACGAGGGCUCUCCACCUCUGUCCUCCUCUAAAACUGUUCAGUUAUCUGUAGCUGACAUCAACGACAACCCACCUGUGUUUGAGGAACAGUCAUACAGCGCAUAUGUGAGUGAAAAUAACAAACCUCGAGACCCCGACUGGAGACAAAACGGUACAGUGGCUUAUUCUUUGUUACCUCGCGAGGUGAACGGUGCCCCGGUGUCCUCAUAUCUGUCUGUGAACGGAGACACGGGGGUGAUCCACACUGUGAGGUCGUUUGAUUAUGAACAGUUCAGGAGUUUCAAAGUCCACAUAAUGGCCAGAGACAACGGUUCUCCUCCUCUCAGCAGCAACGUGACUGUGAGUGUGUUCAUCUCGGAUGUGAAUGACAACUCUCCUCAGAUCCUGUACCCUUCCCCGGAGGGCAACUCUUUCAUGACCGAGCUGGUCCCCAAAGCUACACACGGAGGCUCUCUGGUGUCCAAAGUGAUAGCGGUGGACGCGGACUCCGGACAGAACGCCUGGCUGUCCUAUCAUAUAGUCAAAUCCACUGAUCCAGGACUUUUUACUAUUGGUCUCCACAGCGGGGAGAUCAGGACACAGCGGGACAUUUCUGAAUCUGACAGCAUGAAACAGAACCUGAUAGUGUCAGUGAAAGAUAACGGUCAGCCCUCUCUGUCUGCCACCUGUUCCAUGUAUUUACUGAUUUCUGAUAACUUGGCUGAGGUGCCAGAUCUGAAGGAUCUGUCUCACAGUGACAGCAACUCCAAACUGACCUCAUAUCUGAUCAUCGCUUUGGUGUCUGUGUCCACCUUCUUUCUGACCUUCAUCAUCAUCAUCUUGGGUUUGAGGUUUUGUCACAGGAGAAAGCCCAGACUGUUGUUUGAUGGAGCAGUUGCCAUCCCCAGCGGUUAUCUCCCACCUAAUCACGCAGAUGUUGACGGCACAGGAACUUUACACAGCUCUUACAAUUAUGACACGUACCUGACAACAGGUUCUAGAACCAGUGACUUUAAGUUUGUGACAUCAUACAGUGACAACACGCUGCCUGCUGACCAGACUCUGAAGAAAAGUCCAUCAGACUUUGUAGAUCCUUUCGAAACUCUGGAGGAAUCUGCAGAGGUAGGGAUUCUUCCAAACAGUUUAUCUGGUUCAGCGAACUAA